AUGGAGAGAGAGGACGAAGAUGCGACGCAAGAGAGGAGGCUGUUCCGCCGUGCACUGUCGUCGCUCCUGGGGUCGAUUGAAGCCGCCGCCGCAGCUAGGGCUUGCCGUGCUCCUGUCCAAUUGUUCACCAAGACAUCAAAGCAAGCAACAUUCUUCUUGAUCAUAAGUUUCAUCCCAAGAUUGGAGACUUUGGCCUUGCCAGGUUCUUCCCUGAAGACCAAGCUUAUCUUAGCACACAAUUCGCUGGAACAUUCGCCAAAAGGGCUGUUUUCGCCGGAGCCAGAACAUUAUCGAGGACCAAAGCUAAAAGUUGCCAUCAUUGGAGCUGGGCUUUCUGGCAUAUCAACUACAGUGAAACUCUUGGAUCAAGGACACGAGGGACAUUACCAUCCUAAAAUUCUGAAAGCCUUAACAGAGCAGGCAGAAAAACUGACGCUGAGCUCUCGAGCCUUUUACAAUGAUCGGUUUCCACCAUUUGCUGAGCAUUUGACAAGUAUGCUUGGUUAUGAUAUGGUUCUUCCCAUGAACACUGGUGCUGAAGGAGUGGAAACAGCUCUGAAAUUAGCAAGAAAGUGGGGUUAUGAAAAGAAAAGAAUUCCCAAAGAUGAGGCUAUUAUUGUGUCAUGUUGUGGCUGCUUCCAUGGCCGUACACUAGCUGUUAUAUCUAUGAGUUGUGACAAUGAAGCUACCCGGGGUUCUGGUCCUUUAUUGCCUGGCCAUCUUAAAGUUGAUUUUGGUGAUGCAGAAGCCCUUGAAAGAAUUUUUAAAGAAAAAGGAGAACACAUAGCUGGCUUUCUUUUGGAACCCAUCCAGGGUGAAGCUGGGGUAAUCAUUCCUCCGGAUGGCUAUUUGAAAGCUGUUAGAGAUCUUUGCACCAGAUAUAAUGUGCUGAUGAUUGCAGACGAAAUACAAACUGGGUUAGCAAGAACAUGGAAGAUGCUGGCUUGUGACCGGGAAGAAGUUCGCCCAGAUGUUGUGGUACUAGGGAAAGCAUUGGGUGGAGGAGUUUUUCCUGUGAGUGCAGUUCUUGCAGACAAGGAUGUAAUGCUUUGUAUAAAACCAGGAGAGCAUGGAAGUACCUUUGGCGGGAAUCCAUUGGCCAGUGCUGAACUUCUUAAAUCCUAUGAUUAUAAAGUUUUACCUAAAGGAGCUAAAGCUACUGUCUCUCUAUGGUUCAGUUGCAUUUGAUGAAGAUUUUGAAGCUCAACUAGCUGACAACAAUGAUGCAAGACUGGAAGUGUCUCUAUUGGCGAGGAGCCCUGACCAAGAGCUGACUGAAGUUAGUAACUCAAUAGUUGAACAAGUUGGCUUAUAGUCCC